AUGGCAACAAUUGACUCUUUUGAUAUUCAAAUGGGUGUGAACGACAUAUUUAAGUGGCCGGCUCUCCUUACCGACCUUCCUCAGGACAUCUAUCCUGUCGCCCUUCGUGAUCAUGCACUGGCCGUUACUUCUUGCCUUAACCAGCGCCAUCGCGCCAUCCGCGCGUCCUCUCCAGCCAUCGAGAUUUACCCUAUUUCUCAUUCCUCGUCAGAUUGGUCACACCUGGCCAAGUCUCUCCUCAUGUGCAUCAAAUCGUCGGAGGGCUUUAAUAUCACCAUGGACCCGAACAACGACCUGCCGGACAUGGCGACGUGCACGACAUGCAGAUUCCAAGAGGACAAGUCCAACUACUGGACGGCGGUCAUGUACUUCAAGCAUCCAAACGGCAGCUACACCAGGGUCCCUCAAAUUCCUAACCACUUCACUGGCUCUCCUAAUGGUGGCAUGACCGUCUACUACAUCCAACCGCCUAACUUGGAACCUGUAACUGCGUUCAGAAAGGGCUUCAGGAUGAUCACAGGAAACGCCAUGCUCCGCAGCUACGAUAGAAUAGACCCCGACAGCGCCGAUGCCUAUUCCGUCACGUUCAGAUGCUGGGAGUCGACCGCGCCGUUUGAUCCUUCCAACAUGUCGCCUCCCGGUGUCGGCAAUUAUGAUACUGUUCAUCUUCCCAAUAAGAAGUGUCCAGGUGGUAUUCGUGCUAACAUUUUCUUCCCAUCUUGCUGGGACGGUGUCAAUCUCGAUAGUCCCGACCAUCGAAGCCAUGUCGCGUUCAUGACAGGCAAGGUAGACCGAAACACUGGCCUCAUUUUAAGGAGUGGCACUUGCCCAUCGACGCAUCCCGUCAGGAUUCCGCUCCUGUUCUACGAGGUGUACUGGGACACGAGGCCGUUCAACGACAUGUGGCCUACAGAUGGUAGCCAACCAUUUGUACUCAGCAUGGGCGACCCAACGGGUUAUGGGCAUCACGGCGACUACGUCUUCGGCUGGGAAGGCGACUCCCUUCAACGGGCCAUGAAUACGUGCACCGACAUCGGCGGUGUCCCAGAAGGGUGCCGAGAGCUCACACUCCUGACCGACGCUCAAAUCAACAGCUGCACUCAGAGGCCUCAGGUGGACGAGAGGGUAGAAGGGACUUAUCUUGACAAGCUGCCUGGAUGCAACCCCAUCCAAGCUGGCCCUGCCGAAGCGACCAUGGACUUCAAUACGACCAGCACCAUCUCGCCUUCCCGCACUCUACUCAGGACGCGACUUCUAGCGCGUGAAGUUCACUUCUACGAGGGUGAAGGGAGGCCCAGAGACCCGGCUUCAGUGAGUGGAAUGGUUAAACAGGAGGAUGGUGACAACAGGAUCGUCAACGUUAAGGAUGAGCCGGAAGAAUUCGAAGAUGCGUUUAUUUCGGACUCAAACGAAGAGGACACCAAAGUGGCAAUUAAAAGAGACGUCUCUCCGGAAGUGGAGAUCAUCUCAGUGCGUCUCCAGUGUGAACCUGACGAGAAAGUGAUAAUUCUCGACUCGCCAAAACGUCCUCGGAAGAAACAACGACUUGUUAUGGAAGACAAUCUUCCCACUGCCGUCAAGGCCGACAGCAACAAGGAGGUGGUCGAAGUUAAGGUUAAGAAAUUUAAGGAAAAGAAAGAGGUGAAGGUCAAGAAACUUGAGAUGCAACUGAGUCUUGAUAUUCAAACCGAAAGACUGAAGCGUAUUAACGCGGACGAGCCAUAUCCUGUCGAGCUGGACAAGGUGCUCACGGAGUUUACUGUCUCACGGGGUUUCAUGUCGAAAUUUUACGGUGGUGGUAACAUGGAGACAUUUCCAAAAGUCGCCGCCCAUCGCUACGAACAACAUGGCUUUGAAUUCUGCUACCUUCACAGGGAUUAUCAGCCAAAUGCUCCGCCACUUCCUGGUUAUCAUGGACUUUUUCUUGAUUCACAUGGUGGCGAGGACAUAGAUGGCGUACAAAAUGUUUUCACGCGAAUGGGCUCUGGUAAAUGGCAGUACAUGGGCCAAUAUGAGAUGAAGUCAACGAAAUCUCUUACGAGAAGGGAAUGGGCCCGCCAAAAGGAAACAGUGCGCAAUACCUGGGGCACUGAAAUCUGCCGGCAAAGCUGGGGCAAUUUUGUCCGCGCUCGGAUUUAUGCUCGCAAAGAGCUCGGACGUGAACCCACUGCAGACGAAGUCAAGGAGGUCAAGGAAAGCCAGGUAUUCACCGCAAUAACCCCAGAAGAUGUUAUUUCCGCUUACGAUGCGGGUGAAGAGCGGCUCGGAGUUUGGACGAUGAAGUGUGUUGGCUACAAGACUGAAUUCCAACUUGAACUUAUCGACAAAUUCUCCUCAUAUGUCCCUCCCCCAAGAAAGAAGAAAGGAGAGGAAGGAGCUAAGGAGUCUAAAAGGAAGAAGGGGAAAGGCACAUCUUCUGCAGAGUCUAAAUCAGCUGCCAAGAAGCGGAAACGCAGCGAUCUCUCCGACUCAGGCCUCUCUGAACCUGAGGGCAAAGAUGAAGCAGAACUCAAGAAGGAAGAAGGCAGAGAACAAUUUGAGGAGGUAGUAUAUAGACCUAGAGGGACACGGUCCCGCCCCAUUCGUCUUUGA